CUUAGAAGUAUUUCAAAGAGGUUUCAUCAGAAAAAUAAUAUAGAAAGCACUAUUUUUUUUAAAUGAAUUAAAGUAAACUCUUUUAGUGACUCAUUUUACCUAACUCCUUUGCUCAAGACUCUUGAGAUAAAAAAUACUAUAGCUAAGAUUUUAUGAUGUCUGAACGUGUAUAUUAUGGUAUUUGUGCUAAACUUACUUAUCUUCUAAAGCGUGGUGUUAUCAAAGAAGGACUAAAGGUUCAUGUUGGAGGUUAUGUGGACUUAGAUGAGUUGAUGUCAGUUCGCUUGUUUCGUGAUGUCUCAGAGGAGCAAGUUCUUCAGGUGCUAGCCAAUGCUAAAUCUAACAAUGGUGAAAAAAAAUUCCAAAUCGAAAAUAAACUAGGAUCAACUAUGGUCAGGUGUAGGCAAGGAAGAAAAUUUGAAGCCAGUUGUUAUCACAAGAAUAGCCGAGUAAUGCGACUUGUGGAUUUAUGUUUGAACUUGAUUUGUUCGAAAAUAAAGGAAUAUGAUUUGGAAGACUUCCCUGAUACUUAUUUACUAGAUAAGAUGUUCAUGAGACUGAAACAUGAACGCAAACUUACAAAUGCUGCUUUAAAGUCGUUGAUUAGUUCCAACGUUGAGUGUUUCAACUUUCACCAUAUUUUGGUCACUCCUAAGACAAUUCGUCUUCUUUGUCAAAGAUGUCCGCAUUUAAAAAGUUUAAAUCUAAGAAAAUGUGGUUAUGGAGUUUCUGAUCACACUGCUUCCAUUCUUGCCAAGGGGUUGCCUUAUCUCGAAGACUUAAAUCUCUCUUCAUGUAACCUUCUGACUAAUGCAACACUAGAAAUAUUUCUGAAACGCAAGACACCAUUAAAGUUCCUCUCAAUAUCUCACUGUCCAAAGUUUACAAAGUCUGGAAUAGCAAGGUUUGUAAAUGAAUGCAAAACAUUAUGUACAUUGGUGGUACAUGGAGUUGAUUUUAUGGAUGAAGACUUCUGCAAUGAAUUGCAACAUCAGAGACCUGGUGAUCUAGUGAAUAUUUAUUAUAGAGAUUAUGACAAAGAAUACAUAAGAAAACUAUGUUUGACUGCAUAACCACACAAUUACUAAAUUUUGACACAUUAUGACCAGAUAGUCCCAUUACAGGGUUGUAAAAGGCAAAGCCCCUGCUGUGUUUCUUGUGAAAGUAUCGUGCUGUUAAAUAAUAGAAAACGAUGGUGCAGUUUUUCCAACAGUCGGUGAAUAAUUCUAUGCGAGUCAUUCGAAAGAAUAAAUCAGGGGAAAGUUUAGAAUUUUUCUAAAAAUUCCGAAAAUUGUCCAUGCGUUAAAAGGUUAAAUAUUUAGAUAUUUAUUACAGAUAUAUUUAGAACAAUUUAUUGUUUCAUUUCUAACAAUAUAAAUAUAUUAUUUUCAAUAUUGGUAAUCCUUAACUCUGGCUUAUUGACUAUAUCUUGUAUUGUUUAAAAGUUUAGGUCAACCUAAACUUUUAUGUAUGGUAAAAUUUGAUUGUUAUGUAGUCAAUUAUAAUUUUUUAUGAGAUAAUCACUAAAUUUAAAGUAAUGCGAUAUAACAUUUUAUCAAGCUAGGUUUUUUUUAAGAUUAUUUUUUAUUUAAAAAAACGCAAGCAUUGGAUUUACCUUGUUUAUUCCUCACUUAGAAAAACAUUUUUGUUGUAUUUACACUUCCAUGUUUCUAUAAAUAAUAUUUAAUUUAUAUAGAUUUUACAUUAGCUAAUUAUAUUUGUAUACAUGCCAUGUGUUUAUAUAUUUUUUUAUAAAAAAUAAGAUAAAUUGGCGUUAAUCGAACUCCGUAAAUUUAUUCGAAACUACUCACUUCAAAUUUAGUUUGUGUUACUUGUAUAAAUGCUAGCAAAUUAGACAUAAAAAAAAUCGGUAAAAUAAAUUUAAACCGUUACAUGUAAAAUAAUUGGGUGCAUAAUGGUAGGGAAAGCUUCUCUGGUUGGAAUAUUGGCAUCAUUGGGAAGGAAGGCUUAAUGACAAGUUUACUGCACUUUUUAUUUCAUUUUUGAUUCUGAAAAUUGUCGGACAAAUUUUUGUUAAAAAACUCACACAUUACACAUUUCUGUGAAAUCUUUCUACAAACAUCGCCAGAAAGUGAUUGAUAGGAUUCGUGGAACUUGACUCAAAAUUUAACACUUGGAACCAGAAUGAAAGACAUACAUAAAGAAGAAAUUGUGUACCAUUUUAUAACUUCAGAACACAACAACAAGCGAUAAUAUGCUGGGCUCAGUUUUGAUGCAGGAAUUUAAAUGUACAUGUUUAAGUGUAGUCCACACUGCUAUAAAUUUAUAUUGUGCAAAUUUAUUGUAGUAAAACUAGUGUACAAUUCUGUACAAUUAUAAUUCAAGAAGGAUAUAAA